AAGCAUUGAAUUGACAUUAACCAAGACAUUUCUAUAAAUUAAAUACACUAAUAAAAUGAGAUUUCUUUUAGUAUUGACGGUCGCAUUGACGUCGAGUUGGGGACUAGUGGUCAGGGAUGACGACAUCUGUACGACCCCUGCCUGUGAAUCCGCCGGAAAGAUAUUAAAGGCUAAUCUCAACGAAACGGUCGACCCGUGCGACGAUUUCUAUGAGUUCGCGUGCGGGGGUUGGG